UCCGCGAAGGCUCCUUUGAUAUUAAUAGUGUUGGUGUCUUGAAACUGACGUAAUGCGCGGAGACUGAGGUCCUGACAAGCGAUAACAUUUCUGAUAAAGACCCGAUCUCACUGCAAUCUCGAGCGUCCUCUUUUUUGGUGCUGCCGGUUUCUCCAGACCCCGCGUCCUCGCGAUCGCUCUCUCGCCUUCCUAUUUUUUUUUUAAACAAAAAACAACACCCCCCCCCCACCCCAACCCGGCACCGGGCACAUCCUUGCUCUAUUUCCUUUCUCUUUCUCGCUCUCUUCUUCUUCUUUUUUUUUUAUAAAGAGGUGGGGGGAGGGAAGGGAAAGGGGGGGGAGGCAGGAAAGACCUUUUUUCUCUCCCCCCCUGCCCCCCAAUAAUCCAAGAUCAACUCUGCAAACAACAGAAGACGGUUCAUGGCUCUGGCCGCCGCGCCACCAUCUUUCGGGCUGCCGAGGGUGUUCUUGACGAUUAAUCAACAGAUAUGGUCCGGAAAAAGAACCCCCCUCUGAGAAACGUUGCUAGUGAAGGCGAGGGCCAGACCCUGGAGCCUCUAGGUACAGAAAGCAAGGUAUCUGGAAAGAACAAAGAAUUUCCUGCAGAUCAGAUGUCAGAAAAUACGGAUCAGAGUGAUGCUGCAGAGCUAAAUAAUAAGGAGGAACAUAGCUUGCAUGGCCAAGAUCCAUCGUCAAGCAGUAAGAAGGACUUAAAAAGCUCUGUCCUGAGUGAGAAGGCUGGCUUCAAUUAUGAAAGCCCCAGUAAGGGCGGAAACCUUCCCUCCUUCCCACAUGAUGAGGUGACAGAGAGAAAUAUGUUGGCUUUCUCAUCUCCAGCUGCUGGGGGAGUCUGUGAGCCCUUGAAGUCUCCUCAAAGAGCAGAGACAGAUGACCCUCAAGAUAUGGCCUGUACCCCAUCCGGGGACUCGUUGGAGACAAAGGAAGAUCAGAAGAUGUCACCAAAAGCUACCGAGGAAACAGGGCAAGUGCAGAGUGGUCAAGCCAAUUGUCAAGGCUCCAGCCCCAUUUCAGUGGCCUCAAAAAACCCACAAGUGCCUUCAGAUGGGGGUGUAAGACUGAAUAAAUCCAAAACCGACGUACUGGUCAAUGACAACCCAGACCCGGCACCUCUGUCUCCAGAGCUUCAGGACUUUAAAUGCAAUAUCUGUGGAUAUGGUUACUAUGGCAACGACCCCACAGAUCUGAUCAAGCACUUCCGAAAGUAUCACUUAGGACUGCAUAACCGCACCAGGCAGGAUGCUGAACUGGACAGCAAAAUCUUGGCCCUUCAUAACAUGGUGCAGUUCAGCCAUUCCAAAGACUUCCAGAAGGUGAACCGUUCUGUGCUUUCUGGUGUGUUGCAGGACAUCAAUUCUUCAAGGCCUGUUUUACUAAAUGGGACCUACGAUGUACAGGUCACUUCAGGUGGAACGUUCAUUGGCAUCGGCCGGAAGACCCCAGAUUGCCAAGGAAACACGAAGUACUUCCGCUGCAAAUUCUGCAAUUUCACGUAUAUGGGCAACUCAUCCACUGAACUCGAGCAGCAUUUUCUUCAGACUCACCCGAACAAAAUCAAAGUGUCUCUCCCGUCCUCAGAGGCUGCCAAACCUUCUGAGAAGAACUCUAACAAAUCCCUUGCUGCACAUCGCCCCGGCGAUUCCGGGGACUCGGGGAAGUGGCAAGAUAAGAUCACCGUCAAGGCAGGAGAUGAUACUCCUGUCGGCUACUCGGUGCCCAUCAAGCCUCUGGAGUCCUCGAGACAGAAUGGCACAGAGGCCACCAGUUACUACUGGUGUAAAUUCUGUAGUUUCAGCUGCGAGUCUUCGAGCUCACUCAAGCUGCUAGAACAUUACGGCAAGCAGCAUGGGGCUGCCGUGUCAGGCAGCCUUAACCCAGAGUUGAACGAGAAACUCUCCAGGGGCUCUGUCAUUAACCAGAACGAUCUAGCCAGAAGUGCAGAAGGGGACCCCAUGCCCAAGGUAGAUAAGGGCUCUGGGGGGGCUAAGAAGAAGGACUUCUCCAGCAAGGGAGCGGAGGACAAUGUGGUCACGAGCUACAACUGUCAGUUCUGCGACUUUCGCUAUUCCAAGAGCCACGGCCCCGACGUGAUCGUGGUGGGGCCCCUUCUCCGUCACUAUCAGCAGCUCCAUAACAUCCAUAAGUGUACCAUUAAACACUGUCCGUUCUGUCCCCGAGGGCUUUGCAGCCCCGAAAAGCACCUUGGAGAGAUCACUUACCCUUUCGCGUGUAGAAAAAGUAAUUGUUCCCACUGUGCGCUCUUGCUUUUGCACUUGUCCCCCGGGGCGGCCGGCAGCUCCCGGGUCAAGCACCAGUGCCACCAGUGCUCCUUCUCCACCCCCGAUGUAGAUGUGCUCCUGUUCCAUUACGAGAGCGUGCACGAGCCGCAGGCGUCCGAGGUCAAACAGGAAGCCAACCAUCUGCAAGGGUUGGAAGGGCAGCCGGCGGUCAAGGACAGCAAAGAACACUCAUGUACCAAAUGUGAUUUUAUUACCCAGGUGGAAGAAGAGAUUUCCCGACACUACAGGAGAGCGCACAGCUGCUACAAAUGCCGUCAGUGCAGUUUCACAGCUGCAGAUACUCAGUCACUACUGGAGCACUUCAACACUGUUCACUGCCAGGAACAGGAGAUCACUACAGCCAACGGCGAAGAGGACGGUCAUGCCAUCUCCACCAUCAAGGAGGAGCCCAAGAUUGACCUCAAGGUCUACAGUCUGCUCAACACAGACUCUAAAAUGGGGGAGCCGGUGGCCGAGAGCGUGGUGAAGAGGGAGAAGCUGGAAGAGAAGGAAGGACUCAAAGAAAAGGUCUGGACCGAGAGCUCCAGCGAUGACCUGCGCAACGUGACGUGGAGGGCGGCCGACAUCCUGCGGGCCAGUCCGUCCUACACACAGGCCAGCCUGGGCCUCCUCACGCCUGUGUCGGGCACCCAAGAGCAGGCCAAGACUCUAAGGGAUAGCCCCAAUGUAGAAGCUGCCCAUCUGGCGAGACCUAUUUAUGGCUUGGCUGUGGAGACCAAGGGAUUCCUUCCGGGGGUGCCAGCUGGCGGCGAGAAGUCCGGGGCCCUCACCCAGCAGUAUCCUGCAUCGGGAGAAAGCAAGUCCAAGGAGGAAUCCCAGUCCCUGUUACGGAGGCGUCGAGGCUCGGGUGUUUUCUGUGCCAAUUGCUUGACCACAAAGACCUCUCUCUGGCGAAAGAAUGCAAAUGGCGGAUAUGUAUGCAACGCGUGUGGCCUCUAUCAGAAGCUCCACUCGACUCCCAGGCCUUUAAACAUCAUUAAACAAAACAACGGUGAGCAGAUUAUUAGGAGAAGAACAAGAAAGCGCCUUAACCCAGAGGCACUUCAGGCUGAGCAGCUCAACAAACAGCAGAGGGGUAGCAGUGAGGAGCAGGUCAAUGGAAGCCCCUUAGAGAGGAGGGCAGAAGAUCAUUUAUCUGAAAGUCACCAGAGAGAAAUUCCGCUCCCGAGCCUGAGCAAAUAUGAAGCCCAGGGUUCAUUGACUAAAAGCCAUUCUGCUCAGCAGCCAGUCCUGGUCAGCCAAACUCUGGAUAUUCACAAAAGGAUGCAACCUUUGCACAUUCAGAUAAAAAGUCCUCAGGAAAGUACUGGAGACCCAGGAAAUAGUUCAUCCAUAUCUGAAGGGAAAGGAAGUUCUGAGAGAGGCAGUCCCAUAGAAAAGUACAUGAGACCUGCGAAACACCCCAACUAUUCACCACCAGGCAGCCCCAUUGAAAAGUACCAGUACCCUCUUUUUGGACUUCCCUUUGUACAUAAUGACUUCCAGAGUGAAGCGGAUUGGCUGCGGUUCUGGAGUAAAUAUAAGCUCUCUGUUCCUGGGAAUCCGCACUACUUGAGCCAUGUGCCUGGCCUACCAAAUCCUUGCCAAAACUAUGUGCCUUAUCCCACCUUCAAUCUGCCUCCUCAUUUUUCAGCUGUUGGGUCAGACAAUGACAUUCCUCUAGAUUUGGCGAUCAAGCAUUCCAGACCUGGGCCAACUGCAAACGGUGCCUCCAAGGAGAAAACGAAGGCACCGUCCAAUGUAAAAAGUGAAGGUCCCUUGAAUGUAGUAAAAACAGAGAAAGUCGAUAGAAGUACUCAAGACGAACUUUCAACGAAAUGCGUGCACUGUGGCAUUGUCUUUCUGGAUGAAGUGAUGUAUGCUUUGCAUAUGAGUUGCCACGGUGACAGUGGACCUUUCCAGUGCAGCAUCUGCCAGCAUCUUUGCACGGACAAAUAUGACUUCACAACUCAUAUCCAGAGGGGCCUGCAUAGGAACAAUGCACAAGCAGAAAAAAAUGGAAAACCUAAAGAGUAAAAACCUUAGCACUUAGCACAAUUUAAUAGAAAUAGGUUUUCUUGAUGGGAAUUCAAUAGCUUGUAAUGUCUUAUGAAAACCUAUUAAAAAAAAAUACUUCAUAGAGCCUGCCUUAUCCAACAUGAAAUUCCCUUAUUUUAUUACGCUUUCUUUCGAUGAGUAGGUUACCAGGAUUCAAAAGCGAGACAAAUGGUCAGUGAGAAAACGUGGAAGAUGGUCAAUAGUCAUGUUUUAGGACCUAGUUAAGUCAGACCCAUCUUGGCAGAUGUGUCCUGUAGAAACCGUCCAUCAGAAGGAUCACCAGACUAGAAUUACGUGCGAAAAGGAAGAGAUCAAAGCUGUCUAGGAUUGGGAAGGGUUUACAUAUUAUACUGAAGCAGUAUAGGGCUGGCCAUUGGCCCCUUUGUUCAAAACCCAGAACUGUCUGCCUACACUUGGAAGGAUCAUGAAAGUGGGCAGAUGAGGAGACGUCCCAUCUCGAGGGCUGUG